AUGCAGUCGGAUCUUAAAGCAAAGGUUGAUGAAUGGCUUGCGUGGGAUAAGAAUGACAAUACUCGCAAAGAAAUCGAAGCGAUGGCUUCUUCUCCUUCUCGUUUUGAAGAACUGAAAAAACUUAUGAUGAAUAGGAUGGAAUUUGGAACGGCUGGUCUCCGAUCAAGAAUGGGUCCUGGUUAUUCACAAAUGAAUGAUCUCACAAUUGUGCAAACUGCGCAGGGGUUAUUGAAGUACUUGGAGGAGAAACACCCCACAUUGAAACCUCGUGGCAUCAUUGUUGGUUAUGACGGCCGACAUAAUAGCAAAACAUGGGCUUGUAUUACCGCAAAUAUUUUUGUUCGCUCCGGGUGGAAGGUCUACUUGUUCCGUAACGUCAAUCCCACUCCCUACCUUGCCUACGGUGUUCGCCACUUCAAGACGGCAUGUGGUGUUAUGGUUACUGCUUCACAUAACCCUAAGGACGACAACGGCUAUAAGGUCUACUGGGAAAAUGGUGCGCAGAUCCUCUCUCCCCAUGAUAAGGGUAUUGCCACCUCGAUAUCCAAUAGCCUCGAACCCCGCCCUACUUCUUGGGAGUAUCAUGAUGUUAUGAACCAUCCACAAUGUCUCAAUCCCAUGCCUGAAUUAGAAGAUACUUACUUAAAGAUCCAAAAGGAAAACCUUUGUUUCACUGAAGAAGAAAACAAGAAAUCUGAUGUGAAAAUUGUUUACACUGCCAUGCACGGCGUUGGAUAUCCCGCUGCGAAGAAAAUUUUUGAGACUUUUGGAUUCAAGCAUAUGACUCCUGUUGAAGAGCAGAUCCUUCCUGAUCCCGAGUUCCCAACUGUCAAAUUCCCGAAUCCCGAAGAAGGUCGCUCGGCGUUGAAUCUUGCUAUGUCAACUGCUGAUAAAAAUGGCGCUAAAAUCAUCUGUGCUAAUGAUCCUGAUGCUGACCGUAUGGCUGUUGCUGAAAAAUUGCCUAACGGUACUUGGAAGAUUCUUAAUGGAAACGAACUUGCUACGGUCCUCGGAUGGUGGAUCUGGAUUAACUGGCGCAAACGCAAUCCUACUGCUGAUUUGUCCAAAGUCUACAUGCUGUCUAGCACCGUAUCUUCGAAAAUUCUCAGGGCUAUUGCGAAAAAGGAGGGCUUUAACUUCGAAGAGACGCUUACCGGUUUCAAAUGGAUUGCCAACAAAGCCUACGAUAUCAUGCAAGAAGGUGGAGAGGUUAUUUUCUGCUUCGAAGAAGCCAUUGGUUUCAUGUGCGGAACCACCGUCCUCGACAAAGAUGGUAUUGGUACAUUCGCCGCUGUCUGUGAAAUGGUAUCCCAUCUCUAUAGCAACAACAUCUCUCUUGUCCAACAAUUGGAAAAUGUCUUUGAAAUAUAUGGAAAACACGUAUCAAAUAAUAGCUACUACUUUUGCUAUGAGUCUCCAAAGAUAGUUAAGAUGUUUGAGCGUUUGCGUCAUAUGCCUGAAAUCGGUGGCUACCCUCAAACACUCGGUAGAUUCAAGAUUACCGGUCUUCGUGAUUUGACUGUUGGCUAUGAUUCCAAUUACUCUGAUAAAAAGGCCCGUCUCCCUGUUAGUGCCUCGAGCCAAAUGAUUACAUUUAGCUUCGAUAACGAUGUCGUUCUAACUAUCCGUACUAGUGGCACUGAACCAAAAAUCAAGUACUACUCCGAAUUAUGCGGCAAACCCAAUGACAAGCGCUUAAUGUCUGAGCUGGAUUCUGAAUUGGCUGAGCUUAUUGGCUUGAUGGUCGAGGAGUUUUACCAACCUGAUGUGAACGGUUUCACCGCCAGGUCAGACUAA